AUGAUUUCUCCAAAGGAAUUCGUUGAUUUAACUCAAGCUGGUUCAGUUUAUGUUGUUGUACAUAAACCGAAAAAAGAAGGUAAAGAAGGUGAAAUCGAAAAAAAAACGCAUUAUGGUAUGGCAAUUGAUAUAUCAGGCUCAUCUACAGAAACUGAUUUCAUUGCUACUCAUUACGAUCUUUAUGUGGUCAGUUCAACUGACCACACAACGUAUGUGGAUCCUGUUUUUAAAAUUCGUAAAUGGGAUCACUACUCAUUAAUAAGAAAAGUUGGGCAAAUACCUCUAAUUGAUAUUCAAGUAUAUCGCAUGCCAAAUCGUUUUGCACAAGAAGUUGAACAUCAACUGAUAUCUGAAGUCCAUGAUCGAAUAUGUGCAUUAAAUAAAAGUGACAAGUGGUCAUCUACUUUAAAUUGUCAAACGUUUACACGUCAUUGUGUGGAACAUUUUCGAUUCGAAUUUCCUCAGGACAUUAAAAUCAUUAGUGAUUGUAUGCCAACUAUGAUGAAUUUAUAUUUAAAUGGUUCAUUAUUAACAAAUAAAGCAAUUGCAAGAUCAAAUGAAAUAUCAUCAUUUUAA